AUGCCAGCUCUGGGCAAGUUCUCGUGCUCCAGCGUCAUACCUACUGUCCACCCCUGCUGCAGGAGCUUUUUUGUAGCGCAUCCUGCCUGGAUCGCCGAGCCCCUCACCCCCCCGAGGUGCCAAUGGAUUAGCCACUGCCUCCCCUCCCCUGGCCCAGCAUGGAAGAGGCUGAGCGCAUCGGGGAGAUCAGUGGGCUUAGACAGCAAUGUCCCUGUGCUGGUGAGAGGGAAACAAGAUGGAUUUUAUUACCGUGGUACAGUAAAAGAGGAGAUAGAGAGUGAAAGAGGCAUGUUCCUGGUAGAGUUUGCCAAACCACUUGCGUCAUGUGGAAGGCAUCCAGUGUGUGUGCAAAAAACAGCAAAGGAUGACAUCCUGGAAUACGUGAACGGGAUGAAGCACUCCUUACUCCCUGGAGACAAAGUGCUGGCGCCCUGGGAGCCAGAUAUGGCCAGGUACGGCCCAGGAACCGUCCUCACAGGCAUUGAGACAAGGGACCCCUUACGAGCCUCAGAAGAUGAAGAAAUUAUGGUCCAGUUCUGGAAUGACAAAAAAGUGAAACUCCCACAAGGUGUGGCUCUGUGGAUCCUUCCCAGCCUGUGGGACAGGAUUGUAGAGAUGAUCCACAUGCCCUUCACCAGCAGGGUGAAGCCCAGAGAAAGUCCAGACACUAACUCUUGCAUUUUUUCCUGCAGUCCUAAACCAGCCCUGAUUCCUGUUUGUGCUGUACACAGCCUUGCCAAGCACUGCUUGCUCUGCUCACUCUGCUGGCCACAUUUCCACUAUCACUGUGGUGAUAUAUGCUGUUCGUCAGCAUAUGUAAGGUGCAUCUGCUGCUGCCAUCCCCAUGUUGAUGCCUGGUGGCCUCUUCCAUCCAGGUCUCUGGUCUUUCAGAGCAAAACUGAAGAGGCAGAGUCCAGCAGCGAGCCCUCUCCAUGCCUUCUGGAACUGAAAGGCCAAAAAAAAGAAGCAGCAGCAGCUGUGGCAGCAUCUUCCCCCUCUUCUGAUUCUGACCUGGAGCCAUUCCCCACUAAGAGUACUGUAGUGGACAGUGCUGUUAACACAGGCUCCGGCUGUCUUGAGAAGCCCAGGCUAAAGGAUUCUGUAAGACCCGAGUGGAAAUACUGGAAAAGAAGCCACCACGAGUCCCAUCCCAGUAAUUCAGCUCUUCUUUUGGCAACUCAUCCAAUGGAAAACUACCAGAACAGUGAAUUUCAUUUGGAAGCAGGACUUGGCAGUUGCAGCAGCACACGUACAAAGGGCAAACUGGAAUCCAAAGCCAUCUCCGCUGGGGACAUGUCCUGUGUUGCCCCGACUAAUUGGAGUGCAAUGUUUGAAACCAUCGAGCAGUCUCCCAGAGGGCAACUCACAAUGAAAGAAAUCUUAAGAGACCGAGAUUUUAAGCCAUCAUUGGGGGAAGAAGGGUCUGCAGCAUCAGAAAAACAAAGAUAUAAAACAGCAAGAAAGAAAACAGAGUCAUAUGAUAAAUGUAAAGCGACUUGCAUAGGAGACUACAAACUUGACGAUACAGACCAUGUCAGAAGACAGACAGAAAAAAACAGCAAAGAUCUCACUUGCAACAAAGCAGAGAGAGACACGAUCAACCAGAAUUCAAUAAAUGUAUAA